AUGAGAAGUAAACUUGUAAUAUUAUUCUGUUUUAUUGCAAUAAUUUAUCCGGUUACUUUAUUAGAUCCUUGUUGUAAAGGUAAAUUAAAUACAAAUGAAAUCUUACAUGAAGAACCACGUUUUAUUAAUUCUAUACGUAAUGGAAAACCUUUUGUUGUUGGACAAGAUUAUGAAAAAAUAAAUAUUGUUCAUGUUUAUGGUGGUACACCUUAUGAUGUGGGUUAUGCAUUUAGUCAAUUAAUGAGUGAAGAUUUUAAACAACUUCUUGUUGCAAAAUGGAUUGCUGAAUACGGUUUACCUGGUACUCUUGAUCUUAAUUAUGAUAUUGCUCGUAAAUAUACACCACCAUGGUAUAAUGAAGAACUUCAAGAUCUUGCUGCUGGUAGUGGUGUAUGA